AGCAAACACACGUUGCCCAGGCCAACUUCGGCCACUUGCUCUCCGGUGCGCCCGGGUUCGAGCUGCGGAAAAACUUGGUACCUUCCAAUUGGCUGCAAUGGCGGAGGUGGCCCGUAGCCCAUUGGCUCUGCCGGCUCUGCCUGGCGUGGAAGCUGAGGGAGCUCCCGAGCGUCAGUGUUGCCCCAAGCCGUGAGUGCGGUGCGGCCCGUCGCGCCUAGCCGCUCACCGCGCCUCCCUUUAUCUCAGGGAGCUGUGGGUGGAGGCGCGGAGUAACGGCGGAAGUGAGGCGGCCGGGAGGGAAGGCGACAGGGGCGACCGGGGCGCCCUGUCCGGGGCGUUUUCCGGAGCUGCUCCGGGCAGCGGGGCGGCGGAGGCCGGCGCCCGGGUGGUGCAGACCUUACAAGUGAGGGAGGAAAAAGGAAAAAAGAAAAAAAAAAUGGAAGGCCUGCCUGAUGCUGCUGUCUUUGCAACUAGACUUAAAAACACUCUCAUCCAGUAUCAUAGCAUUGAAGACGAUAAGUGGCGAGUUGCCAAGAAAAUGAAAGAUGUAACAAUUUGGAGAAAACCUUCAGAAGAAUUUAAUGGAUACCUUUUCAAAGCCCAAGGUGUUAUAGAUGACAUCGUCAAUAGUGUAAUAGACCAUAUACGCCCCGGUCCCUGUCGCUUGGAUUGGGACAGCUUAAUGACUUCAAUGGAUAUUUUGGAACACUUUGAAGAGAAUUGCUGUGUGAUGCGUUAUACUACUGCUGGCCAGCUUUGGAAUAUAAUUUCCCCAAGAGAGUUUGUUGAUUUCUCCUACACUGUGGGCUAUGAAGAAGGGCUUCUAUCCUGUGGGGUAAGUCUUGAUUGGAGUGAAAAGAGACCAGAAUUUAUUCGUGGAUAUAACCAUCCCUGUGGUUGGUUUUGUGUUCCGCUUAAAGACAAUCCUCACCAGAGUCUUUUGACAGGCUAUAUUCAGACGGAUCUGCGUGGGAUGAUUCCGCAGUCUGCAGUCAACACAGCCAUGGCAAGCACUUUAAUCAACUUCUAUGGUGAUUUACAAAAAGCCUUACAAAAGGCAUAAUAUGUUUAAACUUGUAGUACAGUAGACCCCAGAGUCAACUUUUGCUCUCAGCUGUGUGGCCUGUAAAAAUCAUCCUUUCCUCUCCUCCAUGGAGCCUGUGGAAACAUUUGAGAUGAUUUGUUGGUUUAUUUUAUUCCCAAACUAAAUAUUGUCUAAGAGAGGGCAUUUCAGUUUUCUUAAAUAGUUAUUUGCACAGUGUUUGGUACAGCAGUGUGUCUGAGCACAGAGAGUAUGACAGAGAUCCAUUAAGAAGUAGGUAUUAUUCUUUGACCUAAACUCUUUAGAAACUGAGUAGUGACUCAAUAUGAAUAUUUUGCCUGCUUGGAAAUUAGAGAAAGCAUAAGCUUCAUGCUGUUAGUUAAAAUCAUCUAUUUUAGAGGUUUAUGAACAUUUUAUAAGUUUUAACUUUUUCUGGAAGUUAAAUAUUCGUGUUUUACUUUGGUAUGCUGUAUGAGUUUGUCAAUAUCUUGGACUAAAGAAAAAAGCUCUUUAUAUUUUGUAAAGGUGAUUUUCAUUGUCAGUUGACUUGCACUACUUUAUAAGUAUUGAAAAAAUCAGAAAUAAAAAUAAAGUAACUAUAAAUACAAU